UCUGGUAUACGCAGUCACUCCUUACUACUACAAUUGACACUUCUACUGUAGUAGAUACUCAACGAAUACAUUUUUCGCUACCUCUUUGGACUGCAAAUUUCGGACUGCAAACCUCACCCAAAGGACCGUCAAUUCUCCAUACGAAUCAGACUCCAUGUCUCUCAUCAGUGACCCAGGAUAUUUAGUUCACAGUUUAAGGUUGUCCUACCUGCGCAACAUCGAUGACCCUUAUGGCGCGCGUAUAAUUUCCUUGAGCCCAUCUUAUACCUCAAAUCCAUAUAUCCAAGCAGCCUCACUCGCCGAUGUUCAUCGUUGGCCAGAACUCGAAUAUCCCUCAAGUCCGCCUAUAUCAGACGAUGAUUCGGAGGCUCCUGAUAAGUCCUCAUCAGGUUUUCCUGGAGCCACUGGUCUUAAGCACCAUCAAACGAUCAUGGGCAACCGUUCGGGAGCGUUUGGAUUGAGAGUAUCAGGUCGACGUGCUUCUACAUCAAAGCGAGCGUCUCUCAUCGCAAAGAGAGCCGCAAUACAUGACGAAAGAGCAGAUGCUCCCACUGCCCUGCCCCGCGUCAACUUCAUAAACGCUGCUAGUGACAUUGAUCAGUGUCUAAUCACUUCAGAACAGGCUGAUGUUUCGCAGCCCCUACCUGUGCAGCAUCAACCCGCUCCACGGAAAGACGACCCUCCCGAACUGCCCCUGAAGGAUAUUCAAUUCGUGCCGAAAUUCAAAGGUGCGGCCGAAAUGGAGGCUAGGCGUAGGGCGCGAAUGGUGGCGCGCCGCGGCGUUACAGCUUCUAUGCCAAAGAUUCCCUCCGUGACGACGCGUAGCCUCAAUCCUGACAUCUCUUCAUCCGAUGAUGAGGACGGCAUGGAAGACGAUGACGAUAACGAUAACGACUACGAUUUAGUGGUCCCAGGAGACGACAAUAUGGAUGAAGUCGAUGAAUUUGAUCCAGAUUUCGCUGCCACUCGAGCCAUGCACUCGGACAGCGCAUCUGAUGGGGCCUCCCUUCUCUCUGGGACUGCCUCAGCAUUGUCUGGGUCCAAUCUAUCCACUCUUGGAACAUCGCCGUUCGUUGUUCCCUACCAGCGUGGCUGCUCACGACUCAGCCCCGUAUCUGAACAUCGUGCUACGGACAACACUCGCGAAGGGUGUCCUGCAACCCUUCAUUCCAAGCCCAUUGAGAAUUACUUCGAGAUGAUCAGUCCGGCGCCAAAGCCGGAUCAGCGAUCUGAAGCGCCACCUCCAAAACACGAAACUCGCAGAAGAGGCGUCUCAAUAUCACUACCUGUUAUCGACGCUCCGUCCGACAUGACCUUCACACGCAAGCCUGUCGCGCCGGCGCGCCCACAUGCAUCUGCUCUCACCACUAUCCUUGCUUCAUCAGGCGGUCCCACCAACCCAUUCAGUGAGCUGUAUGGUGCCAUAUCUGGACGGGGAGAGACGGCCUCGAUAGAUGUCAAGGUUUACUUUCCACAUGCGACAGAACCUCGUGGCGAAUAUGUGAUUCUGAACGUGCGGAAAGACGCAACUAUUGAGGAAGUCAUCGGUUUUGCUUUAUGGACUUACUGGGACGAGCGAUGGCAGCCUGAACUAAAUGCAGGUGCUGAGGAUGACGACCCCAAGCUCUCUGCAGUAGGUUGGGUCAUGCGCAUUGCAGAGGAUGACGGCGAGGUUGACGAGGAUUUUCCGCCACCCGACCGCACGGGCAAGAUCUCGAAAUUUGGUUUCGAGGCAUUCGCUAUUCUAGCUGCUACCCCACUACAAAUACAACAAAAUGAACAACUGGAGAGCAAGAUACAGCGACGGCCCUCGAGAGUUAUGACAGCGCCAAAGAAGCAGGAUACAGGUCCUUCAGGCGGCUUAACGCUGCCGUCCGUCUCCGGCCCUACAAGCGCGAUGUUCGGUACAACUCCAAUCUUAUCAUCUUCUUUGGGUCCUUCGUCGAGUCAUGGCCCUCAGUUGUUUUUGCGUAUUCGCGUUGCGGACACCGCUGACGCAGUUCACAUAUCCACCACUAUUCCUGUAUCAGCGGGUAUGUAUAUGCAGGAGGUACUUGAAGUGGUUUGCCGAAAGCGCAAACUAGCAAAUCUUAAGGACUAUGCUCUGAUUGUUAACGAGCUCAACAUGCUGGCGUACCUCGACCGCACGGUUGCAAGUCUUGGAGGUAGACGCGAGCUGACGCUAAUCAAGAGAUCCAUGUUGCCUCAAUUGGGCAUCGAGCCCGAAAGCAGAUCAGCACGCACCACUGAUCCGAAUGCUUCUAUCUCCAAACGGAUAUCGGAUGUCCCAGAGAUCCAACUAAGCGCUGCGGCCGACUACGCGACAGCAUACAAGAAAUACACCAUCUACCGCAAAAUGCCUAUGCUAGCUCGUCAAGAACGCACUUUGGCUAUUGAUGGUGUCUAUAUACAUAUCAUGCCAUCCACAAACAAGGCCAAAGCGGUCUUUGAUAGUGGAAAGACGGCGUCAUUCCAUAUCAAGAGUAUCAUCCAAUGUCAACAGUCAGCGAAAUCGUCGACGCUGUUUAAGAUUAUCGUACAACGGGACAGUGGGAGCAAGCGCUACGACUUUGAAGCGGAUACGCCGAAGCUUGCGGGUGAGAUUGUGCAGACUUUACGGAUGCUGAAAUCCCAUUUGGACCGCUCCAAUACCGUCAACCGCUUGCGGCGCAGCAGACAGGUGGUAUAAAUAAAACACGGGUCCUUGUUUUGCCAGGCAGAUGACAAAAAUUCCCAGGCAGAAUGUGGCAGAACUCCCGCACAUGCAGAAUCCGUCCAGUGUAUGAUAGCGUACGUCAAUUGAGGUGCUUU